GGUUUUUAUUGUAUGGCCUAUCUUCAGUUCAGGCCAAACAGUCUAAACGUCAACAAGUUGUGCAUCAGUGAUUGUGGAAAUAGAUCAUUACAAGCUCUGUUUUAAUAGUUCUUGUAACAUAUUUAAGUAUUUUAACCUGUUAAAUAUGGUUCACUGCAGUGUUAUCGGCUGUAAAAGCAGAAGUGAGCGAAAAAUUGAAAAUAUAACCUUUCAUUCGUUUCCAAGAGAUCCGGAGACACGUCAUACUUGGAUACAGGCAACUGGGCGAUCAAAUUGGGAACCAAAAAAAUAUGACAGCAUAUGUUCUAGACAUUUUUUAGGAACAUGUUUUCGGAAGACUAAAUGUAAGGUCUAUCUUAAUACAUUCUCCGUACCAACAAUCAAUAUACACAUUCCUAAAAUUUCCGACAGUACUGCAGUUCAGCAGAUAGAGAUACCCGUUCUUGCUUCGAGUUCCUGUUUAGGAGAGUGUUCCAAAACCCUCACUAAUAAUGCAGUUGAGUUGGACGAACAUCAAAACGUAAUCUCGAGUGCAAGUAAGGUGUCUCCGAGCUCUGAAACCGUGAAUACGCCAAGAAAAAAGAAAAGCUUCUGAGAAAAUUGAAACAUCAAAGUGAUCUUGCUGAAUCAAGAAAGAAGAAAUUAGCUUUACUAAGAUCACGAAAUAGACGCCUUGUAAAAAGAAAUAUUGAACUUUCUGCCAUUGUCACUAGCUUAAAGUCGAAGUCUUUAAUUAAUCAAGAAACAGCAGAUUUACUUAUGGAAAUUAAUCCUCAAAAUCCAUAUUUUUAAUGAAAAGAGGAAAGUAUUCACCAGAAGUGCGAAAAUUCGCACUAAACUUACAUUUUAUCAGUCCGCGCGCUUAUGAAUUUGUUAGGAAAACUUUUAAAACUUGUCUUCCUCAUGUCCGAACGCUAGCGCGUUGGUAUGAAGCUAUAGACGGUGAACCAGGUUUUUCUACUGAAUCGUUAGAAGCAUUGAAAUUAUUAUGCAAAAGUAAUCCGUCACGAAAAUGGGUUUGUGCACUUUGUUUCGAUGAAAUGUCCAUUCGAAGAACCGUUCAGUGGAACGGAAAACAAUUUGUCGGUUUUGUCAACUUCGGAUGUGAAUUAAACAGUGAUGAUCAACCUAUUGCUAGAGAAGCAUUAGUUUUAUGCUCACUUGCAUCAAUGGCAGUUGGAAGCUACCUGUGGGGUACUUCCUCGUAGAGGGAGUUACUGCGGAGCAAAAGGCUUCGUUAGUCAAGUCGUGCUUAGAUGUCGUAACCGAAUGUGGGGUUGAUAUCUUUUCUGUAACAUUUGAUGGAUGUGCAGCAAAUUUUUCUAUGGCAAAAAUAUUAGGCUGCAACAUAGAAACAAAUUUUAUUAAUCCAGUUUUCUUUCAUAAAGACAAAGAGUUAGUUAUAUUUCCUGAUCCUUCACAUAUGUUAAAAUUAAUAAGAAAUACCCUAGGCGAUAAAUUAAUUUUAACUAAUGGAAAUGGUGACUCUAUUUGUUGGAGUUAUAUUGAAUUAUUAGUGGAGUUACAGGAAAAAGAAGGUUUUCAUCUAGCGAAUAAAAUACGAGGUUCUCAUGUUAACUAUAAAAAACAAAUUAUGAAAGUUCGGUUAGCAGCACAAUUAUUAAGCGAGUCUGUUGCGAAUGCUUUGGAGUUUUGUUCCAAAGAAUUAUCUCUAGAACAAUUCGGUAAUUGCGAUGCUACGGCAGAUUUUAUUAGAAAGUUUAAUAUAUUGUUCGAUAUAUUGAACACGCGUAAUUUAAAGGCUUAUGGUUAUAAAAAACCACUAAUGACGAAGAAUUACGACAAUAUAAAAAAAUUUUUGGACGAAAUGUUUGAUUACAUUAAAUCAAUUAAAAUUGGAAAUACCAAUAUUUUAUUAUCCAAAAGAAAAACCGGUUUCAUAGGUUUUUUAUUAAAUAUUAAAGCUAUUUUAUUUCUGUACGAUAAAUUAAUUAAAACUAACCGUAUAGAAUUUUUGAGUUCAUAUAAACUUAGCCAGGACCACCUGGAGAUAUUCUUUAGUGCUAUUCGAGCAAAAGGUGGCUUUAAUAAUAAUCCAACCGCUGCUCAAUUUAAGUCUGCUUACAAAAGAAUGCUUAUACAUGGAGAACUCAAACAUUUGACCACCGGGAAUUGUAUUCCACUUACAGAUAUACAUAUAUUAACAUAUAACGAACCCGAAUUGGCAAUUAAUAAAACGACUGGUCGCAGCAAAUUAACCUCCGAAGAUUUCGACAACAUACAAAAAAAUGUAGACACUGAAAAUGUUGUAUUACCUCCAGAUCAUGACUAUUUGGCAGAUCCGACUAGGCUGACCGAAUUUGCUGAAAAGGUUAUUGUAUAUAUUGCUGGUUUUAUUAUAAAAUCCUUAGAAAAUCAAAUAAAGUGCGAGCAGUGCCUCGAGUCUCUGUAUAAUACCGAAAAAAUUGUGAAUAGCCUCCAAUUUAAAAAAGAUAAAGGCGGCUUACGAUAUCCGUCACGUGACCUUAUUUAUUUAUGCACUGUAGCUGAGGAGGUAUAUAUAAAAAACAAAAAUAUUUAUAUGAAAGACGUGAUGCAUAAUCUUCUUCAAGAAUGCAUAAAAAAAUGUUAUGGUAAAAGAUUGUUUGCGGAAGUUCCUCAUGACUUUCCAAGCUCUUUUAUUAACCACUAUCCAAUGUUAAUUAAAAGUGUAUGCAAAAAAUACUUGAAUGUCAGGCUACAUUAUUCUACUAAAUCUUAUGUAGAUAAAAAAGAUAGUAUAAGAAACUUGUAUACAAAAUUAAUUUUGUUUAAGGGCCAAUAACUAAUAUAAGAAAUAUUGGUUUGUUUGCAAAUAUAUCGUGAACCACAGAU